GACCAAUCAGGCGCGUCUUUGUUGUGAAGUGAGAGAGGAAGAAGUGAUGUGGUGAAGAGUUGCGUUUUGCAGGGACUGUGAAAUUUUGAGUUGAAACUUUGCACUUGGGCCACAAAAUGAGCUCCAUCGGAACCGGGUAUGACUUGUCUGCUUCGACCUUCUCACCUGACGGUAGAGUAUUCCAGGUUGAGUAUGCAAUGAAAGCAGUCGAAAACAGCAGUACAGCGAUUGGAAUCCGGUGCAAGGAUGGUAUUGUGUUUGGUGUUGAGAAGCUAGUCCUCUCAAAACUAUAUGAACAGGGAUCCAACAAACGCAUCUUUAACAUUGACCGUCAUGUUGGAAUGGCUGUGGCAGGGCUCCUGGCUGAUGCUCGCUCUCUCUCUGAGGUAGCUCGGGAAGAGGCUGCUAACUUCCGCUCCAACUACGGUCACGACAUCCCCUUAAAACAUCUUUCAGACAGAGUGGCCAUGUAUGUCCAUGCUUACACGUUAUACAGCGCUGUGCGUCCAUUCGGCUGCAGUUUCAUCCUGGGAUCACAUGAUGAAGAUGACGGCCCACAGCUGUACAUGGUAGACCCGUCAGGGAUUUCAUACGGUUACUGGGGCUGUGCCAUCGGAAAGGCCAAGCAGGCAGCCAAGACAGAAAUUGAAAAACUGAACAUGAAAGACAUGACCUGUCGGGAGUUGGUGAAAGAGGUGGCCAAAAUAAUCUACAUUGUACACGAUGAAGUCAAAGACAAAUCAUUUGAGUUGGAGCUCAGCUGGGUAGGAGAAGUGACGAAAGGAAGACACGAGGUGGUCCCCAAAGACGUCAGAGAAGAGGCCGAGAAGUACGCCAAGGAUGCCUUGGAGGAGGAGGAUGACUCUGAUGAGGACAACAUGUAAAGCCUGUUGGCCCGGCCGCAACACGUGCAUUUAUCCCUCAGACUACUGUCAUACCCACUAUUCUCCUAGUCCUCUACCCCAGAUUUACAAGGCAAAGAUUUCUUUUUUUUGUAUGUUUUAUAGUGCUUUGGAUCAUUACAUUCGUAUGUUUCCUCUCUUUGAAUUCUCUAUGAUGGAUGUUGAACAUCAUAUAAAAAUGGUCAGAAAACAA